AUGCGGGAACAUUGUUCCGUCUUGUCCCAGGGAGCCUGGCAGGGAGGGACUUCCCCGUGCCUUUCUCUGUUGUGUUUUUUUUUUUCCACAUCUUCUUUCUGUUUCAGAAGGUUGAACGAUCCGUCAGUUGUCACUCCUUUCUCCAGAGACGACAGGGGUCAAACACCGCUCCAUGUGGCGGCCCUCUGUGGUCAGGCAUCCCUCAUUGACUUCCUGGUCUCCAAAGGUGCCAUAGUGAACGCCACGGACUAUCAUGGGUCCACUCCCCUCCAUCUGGCAUGUCAGAAAGGCUUCCAAAGUGUGACGCUGCUGCUGCUGCACUACAAGGCCAGCACUGAGGUGCAGGACAACAAUGGCAACACCCCACUGCACCUGGCCUGUACCCACGGGCACGAGGAUUGUGUGAAGGCUCUGGUCUACUAUGAUGCCCAGACCUGCAGAUUGGAUAUUGGAAAUGAAAAAGGAGACACAGCCCUGCACAUUGCUGCACGCUGGGGUUACCAGGGUAUCAUAGAGACACUGCUGCAGAAUGGAGCCCCCACGGAGAUUCAGAACAGACUGAAAGAAACACCACUCAAGUGUGCAUUGAACUCAAAGAUUCUGUCCAUCCUGGAAGCCCAUCGUCUGUCCUCUGAACGGAGGCCCAGGCCUUCUGAGGUCCCUGCCCAGUCCCCUACCCGCUCCGUGGAUUCCAUCAGCCAGGGUUCCUCCACCUCCAGCUUCUCUUCCGUAUCAACAAGCCUCAGGCAAGAAGAGGUCAGAAAGGACCACCGGGAGGUAGAAAAGCUUCUGAGAGCAGUUGCUGAUGGAGACCUGGAAAUGGUUCGUUACCUUUUGGAGUGGACAGAGGAUGACCUAGACGAUCCGGAUGAGGCCAUCGGCACGGUGGAUCUUGAAUUAUGUCAUCCCUUAUGCCAGUGCCCCAAGUGUGCUCCAGCCCAGAAGAAACUGGCAAAGGUUCCUGCUAGUGGGCUUGGUGUGAAUGUGACCAACCAGGACGGCUCCUCUCCCCUGCAUAUGGCUGCCUUGCAUGGCCGGACGGAUCUCGUCUCCCUCCUGUUGAAGCAUGGAGUGUCCUCGGGUGCCAGAAACACAAGCCAAGCUGUGCCGCUCCACCUGGCCUGCCAGCAGGGACACUUUCAGGUAGUGAAAUGUCUCUUAGAUUCCAAUGCAAAACCUGAUAAAAAGGGCCUCGGCGGGAACACGCCCCUCAUUUACGCCUGUUCUGGUGGCCACCAUGAAGUUGCUGCACUAUUGCUGCAGCAUGGAGCCUCCAUCAACGCUUCCAACAACAGAGGCAACACGGCCCUGCACGAGGCAGUGAUGGGAAGACACGCCUUGGUGGUGGAGUUGCUUCUGUUUCACGGAGCGUCUGUUGACAUCCUGAACAAGAGGCAGUACACGGCUGUGGACUGUGCAGAGCAGGAUUCAAAGAUAAUGGAGUUGCUGCAGGUAGUGCCAAGUUGUGUUGCAUCAUCAUUAAACAAUGUCACCGAGACGGACCACAAGGAAGGUGUGACCGUUAAGAUCAGGAAAAAGUGGAAUCCCAGAAUGUACAAUCUGCCAGAAGAGCCUUUUAGGAGACAGUUUUGCCUCAUUAACCCCGGGGGGCGGUUCCAAGAAAGAACUUCAAGGGAAACUAUGGGAAGGGAUAAAAGUGUGCCUGAUCUUCCUGGAUGUCCUCUGCAGGAGCCGGAGAAGCAGAGAGUCUCGGGAAUUCCAAAUGACCCAUCGUCAGACCAGAGAAGAUGUCAGGUUUCUGAGGAAGGAAACAAGGGGCUCCCAGAGAGGCCUGUGCCAAGGCAGGCUGCUCCCGGACACAGGCGGAUGGUCCGCAGGCAUACAGUCAAUGACGCAGCCAUACCCCAGGCCUCAGAGGUGACUGGCCACCUGACCAUACAAGAGGCUAGUGUUUCUCAGUCUUAGCAGUCAGGGUUGGUGUUAUCUGCUACCCAGUUUGCAGUUAAGAUGGUGAGCAUGAAUGCAGCUUAGAACUAAGUAUACUUUCAAAUAACCAGCUUGAGAGACUGUCCCUCGGAUUUACCACCCUCUCUCCUCUUCUUCAAAGCUAACUAAUACACCUGAAAAGGAUUAGUAGGGAAUGAACGAGCCCCUUCAUCUUAGUACGUGGAUUUCCUGGUUAUGGGCAGAGGCUUUACCAUCAGAUUCUGACCUCCUUUGGCUGGAAGGUGCUGGCUGGCUGCGGGCAAACCCUAUGCAAGAAGGAUCCCCAUGUCCGGGAGAAGCCAGAAAAGCCAGGUCAGCCCUGUGGAACUGGAUGCCAGGCAGAGAAGCAUCCUGUUGGGAUGGAGCCUGGACACACUUGAGCUGGCAAGUGCCCGGAUGCCAUUCUGAUCUCACGGAAAAGGACUACCAUUCUGCCUUGUUCUACACCAAAAGCGGCCGCCUCUUUCCCAACAACAUAGACACUCUGGUCACCGCACAUGGACCUGUAGCAGUUUCUGCUGACUGUCCCUUCCGUUAGGAGCCUGACACAGCACACCUGAAAGAUGGUUACUGGAGAGCAGCUUUGGCACAUCUUAAGUCUUUUGAUUCAAAUUCAAAACUUACAGCACAAGCCAGGUCAGAGUUUAAGUUUAGAAUCCGUUGCCAUCGAUUCCUUUUUAUAACUUUCUAUAGAUUCUAUUAUUUUUUUAUGUUCCGGAUCCUAAAGCUGUAAACAUGGAUUCGUCCCAAGUCAGUUUUCAAAGGACUUUGUAAAGAGGAAGUGAUUUUGUGCACAUUCUUGGAGAUACUUGCCGAUGUGUAGGAGGCAGGGGCUGAUUAUUUUUCUACAGAGUAACUUAUGAUUUCUAAUUUUCUAAUGUGCCUUGGAUAUGUGCCAAAUGAUGGGAAAGAAAACAGUAAACUUUGUGAUUCUUGAGCAUGUCA